AUGUCGGACAGUGACCAAACGAUUCGCGACCUAUUAAUGUCAAUUGCUGACGAGCUCCACUACGAAAACUGUCACAUUCAGCUGCAAGCUACAAGCACUAAUGGCGCCAACUUCUCCUCUAAGCUCUACGAGGCAACAAUCUCAGCACCCGACAAGCCUGACGUUGAGCUGUUUGCCAAAUUCGGUAUCAUCGGCGAAGAGACAAGGGCAGUUGUCAACAUGGAUAUUUACUCAAGGGAGUUUGUAUUCUACAACGAAGUGAUGAAUGUAUACAAAUGCAUGGAAGAGAAGCACAACAUUCCGGAGAGAGACAGACUGUGUCUCGCAAAGUAUUACGGCUGUAAUAAAGAGUACCUGAAGGAGUCGAUUGUGUUGGAGAAUUUGUUGAAGAAAGACUUCGAAUGUUACGAUCGAUUAAAAAGCGUCGAUUGGGUGUACGCACGCGAAAGUGUUAAGCAGUUGGCGGUCCUACACGCAUCUUCUAUCGCAUACGCCCAAGAGUACCCGCAGAAGUUCGCAGAAAUCACCAAGGGGCUGGAUUUCGUAUACCCGAAAACUUUUAUCGAGAAAGCCGUGGAUAACGCUCUAGCUGCUGCCAAGGAGGACUACCGCGAGAGGUUCUCCAUUUUCCUCAAGGAGAAUUUGAAAGGCGACAACUAUGAGAGGUUCUUUAAACCAGGUCGAAUAACGGUGAUGAUUGAUGGUGAUUACAGACCCAGUAACUUGAUGCACCGAGUGCUGGAGAAUGGAGAGUUAGAAGUCGCGAUACUGGAUUUCCAGACCUUUCAAGUAGAUCCGGAGGAUGUCCCCAGUAUCGAAAACAGCCUUGAGCGCGUAGACCAGGGCGUAAAGCCUAGCGCUUUAUUCGCAGAAAGAUUGAACGGAAUCAUUAGCGACUACAUCAGAAUGGGUGUCUUG